AUGUCACCAUUGAAAGGAAUCAAGGUCAUUGAGCUGGCAGGCCUAGCUCCAGGUCCAUUUGCUGGCCUUCUCCUAGCCGACUACGGCGCCUCAGUCCUCCGCAUAGACCGACCCAAUUCCAUAAGCAGUGACCAACUAACCCGCAACAAAACCUCUGUAACCCUCGACCUCCGCGACAAAGCCUCCAUAAACAUCCUGCUCCGCCUCCUCACAAGCGCCGAUGUCCUAAUCGACCCCUUCCGCCCAGGCGUCCUCGAACGUCUCGGCAUAUCCCCAAGAGAGGUCCUCCAAAAACACAACCCCCGCUUAAUUGUCGCCCGCAUGACAGGCUUCCGCCGUAAUGGAAAAUACAAAAACAUGGCUGGCCACGACAUAAACUACAUCGCCGUCUCAGGCGUGCUCUCCAUGCUUGGACGGGCAAACGAAAAGCCCUACGCCCCAGCCAACAUCCUUGGUGACUUCGCCGGCGGCGGUGCAGUCUGUUUCCAGGGAAUCCUACUCGCCCUCAUCUCCCGCUCCCAUACCGGCCGUGGGCAGGUCGUGGAGGCGAAUAUGGUCGACGGCUCCGCCUAUCUUGCCACGUUCCCGCGGUUAGGGAGAAAUACUCCCGCAUGGGCGCAGCCGCGUGGAGAGAAUUUGCUGGAUGGUGGAUGUCCGUAUUAUGAUACGUACGAGACUAAGGACUCCGGGCGGUAUUUUGCCGUUGGGGCCUUGGAGCCGCAGUUUUACGCGGCGUUCGUGCGGGGAUUAGGAUUUGAGAUUGGGGAGCUUCCGAAGAGAGAGAAUCGGGAGCAAUGGCCGAAGUUGAGGGAGAUCUUUACGAGGAGGUUUAAGGAGAAAACUCGGGUGGAGUGGGAAGCUGUUUUCGAUGGUACAGAUGCUUGCGCUACGCCUGUUUUGGAGCAGGCGGAGCUUGAAGAGGAUGGGUAUGAGCAGCAGCCUAUCGUGCAUCUGGUUGAUACGCCUGCGGCGCCGAUUCUGGCGGAUAAGGGAGGUUGGUCGGGUGGUGGGCUUUUGCCUGGGGAUGGGGGUGUUGAUACGCUUAGGGAGUGGGUGGGGUGGGAGUUGGGUAAGGAUUUUGAGGUUAGAAAGGAUGGGGCUUUGGUGGCGGUCAAUGGGAAGUUGAAGAUUUGA